CGAGGGGUUGACUGAGCUGGAUUUGCAUGUUGCACCAUGCCUUCUUGGAUCGGGGCUGUGAUUCUUCCCCUCUCCGGGCUGCUGCUGUCCCUCCCGGCCGGGGCGGAUGUGAAGGCUCGGAGCUGCGGCGAGGUCCGCCAAGCGUACGGUGCCAAGGGAUUCAGCCUGGCGGACAUCCCCUUCCAGGAGAUCGCAGGGGAACACUUAAGAAUCUGUCCUCAGGAAUAUACGUGCUGCACCACAGAAAUGGAAGACAAGUUAAGCCAACAGAGCAAACUCGAGUUUGAAAACCUUGUGGAAGAGACGAGCCAUUUUGUGCGCACCACUUUUGUGUCCAGGCAUAAGAAAUUUGACGAAUUUUUCCGAGAGCUCCUGGAGAAUGCAGAAAAGUCACUAAACGAUAUGUUUGUACGGACCUAUGGCAUGUUGUACAUGCAGAACUCAGAGGUCUUCCAGGACCUCUUCACAGAGCUGAAAAGGUACUACACUGGGGGUAAUGUGAAUCUGGAGGAAAUGCUCAAUGACUUUUGGGCUCGGCUCCUGGAACGAAUGUUUCAGCUGAUAAACCCUCAGUAUCACUUCAGUGAAGACUACCUGGAAUGUGUGAGCAAAUACACAGACCAGCUCAAGCCAUUUGGAGAUGUGCCCCGGAAACUGAAGAUUCAGAUUACCCGUUCCUUCAUUGCUGCCCGGACCUUCGUGCAGGGGCUGACCGUGGGCAGAGAAGUGGCAAACCGAGUUUCCAAGGUCAGCCCAACGCCAGGGUGCAUCCGUGCCCUCAUGAAGAUGCUGUACUGUCCAUACUGUCGGGGGCUCCCCACGGUGAGGCCCUGCAACAACUACUGCCUGAACGUCAUGAAGGGCUGCCUGGCAAAUCAGGCUGACCUUGACACAGAGUGGAAUCUGUUUAUAGAUGCGAUGCUUUUGGUGGCAGAGCGACUGGAGGGGCCAUUCAACAUUGAGUCGGUCAUGGACCCCAUAGAUGUCAAGAUUUCUGAAGCCAUUAUGAACAUGCAAGAAAACAGCAUGCAAGUGUCUGCAAAGGUCUUUCAGGGAUGUGGUCAGCCCAAGCCUGCUCCAGCUCUCAGAUCUGCCCGCUCAGCUCCUGAAAAUUUUAAUACACGUUUCAGGCCCUACAAUCCUGAGGAAAGACCAACGACUGCUGCAGGCACAAGCCUGGACCGGCUGAGGACUGUGUGGCGGACUAUGCAGCAUAGUGUCACAGACAUAAAAGAGAAAUUGAAGCUCUCUAAAAAGGUCUGGUCGGCAUUACCCUACACCAUCUGCAAGGACGAGAGCGUGACAGCGGGCACGUCCAACGAAGAGGAAUGCUGGAACGGGCACAGCAAAGCCAGAUACUUGCCUGAGAUCAUGAAUGAUGGGCUUACCAACCAGAUCAACAAUCCUGAGGUGGAUGUGGACAUCACUCGGCCGGACACUUUCAUCAGACAGCAGAUCAUGGCUCUCCGUGUGAUGACCAACAAGCUGAAAAAUGCCUACAAUGGCAAUGACGUCAAUUUCCAGGACACAAGUGAUGAAUCCAGUGGCUCAGGGAGUGGCAGUGGGUGCAUGGAUGACGUGUGUCCCACGGAGUUUGAGUUUGUCACCACAGAGGCCCCUGCAGUGGAUCCUGACCGGAGAGAAGUGGACUCUUCUGCAGCCCAGCGUGGCCACUCCCUGCUCUCCUGCUCUCUCGCUUGCACUGUCCUGGCACUGCAGAGACUGUGCAGAUAAUCCUGGGUUUUUGGUCAGAUGAAACUGCAUUUUAGCUAUUUGAAUGGCCAACUCACUUCUUUUCUUACACUCUCGGACAAUGGACCAUGCCAGAAAAACUUACGGUUUUCUAUGAGAAGAGAGCAGUACUGCAAUCUGCCUCCCUUUUUGUUUUCCCAAAGAGUAUCGGGUUCCAGACUGAACUGCUUCCUCUUUCCUUCAGCUAUCUGUGGGGACCUUGUUUAUUCUAGAGAGAAUUCUUACUCAAAUCUUUCGUACCAGGAGAUUUUCUUACCUUCAUUUGCUUUUAUGCUGCAGAAGUAAAGGAAUCUCACGUUGUGAGGAUUUUUUUUCCCAUUUAAAAUAAAAAAGGAAGAAAGAAAAUAAUUUUCCUUGUAAAAUCAGGCCAAACCCCAAGACAGCUGCAUUUUCAACAAAGAAGCAAACAGACAAAAAUAAAUGAACUUUAAUAUUAUCAGUCCAGCAUUGACAGCCAACUCCCAGUGUAAGCUUUUUUGUGACAAAUCCAGGUUUACAAAAUGCUUAUGGGGAGAAAGCUUUCAAGCUUUUUUCUAAAUGGAGUGAAAAUGCACUGUUGUCUUGGAGGCAUCAUCUUGCACCCUAACCAAACAAUACCAAAAUAAUUUGGAGGUACUGAUACUAAAUUUAGAAUCUCGUCUUUAAUAUGAGAACAAAAAUUACUACAACUCGGCACCUCUCUCUCACUCUGCCCACUUUCAAUUAAGUAACGGCACCAUUUUUCUUAAUUCCCUUAAUGUCUGUCCACUGUAUCCAAUUGGCACAGAUUUCCCCCUUCAUCUCCAGUUACUAGCGGAUACCCCCAUCAAUUCAUCCUCCUCAAGAGUCUCAAUGGAAAAUAAUCUUAAUGAUGCAAUCUCUGCUUCUGCCACAGGUUUGACAUUAACUAGACAUUUCUGCCCCUGUGCUCAUUACCCCUCCCAAAGCAAGAGUUUUUUUAAUGAAUUGAUACGCAGUUAGAUCCAUUCCUGAGUUUUCAUUUUUAACUGUUUACUUUGUGUCAGUUGGUUUCUGCAUCACAAGGGCAUUCUCUUACAAAAUAACUCACAACAGAAAAAAAGGCAAGACAAAAAAUUUAUCUAGUAUUGACAUGGAGAUUUCUUUCACUUUUUUAGUCUUAGUAUGAUCAUCUAUUUUUAUAUCUAUAUAUAUAUAAAUCACAGAUUUUAACUUCCUAAUUCCAAGCUCAGGGUUGACACACCUUUGUAAGAAAAUGUUUUGUCAACCAGCUCUUCUUGUUUUGUGCUGCUCAAAGAAGGGAUUCCUCAGUGAUCUGUGAGCACCAAGAAUCAAGAAAGAGAACUUUUUAUGUAUUAACUGUCCAUUUAUUAAAAGUUUGCCAGGGCACAGGGCACACCCUUUCGCAUGAGUGUGCUUCAGCUUGGGCGCUCCGGACUGCACCAAGCUCAUGAGAUGAGCCAUGGGUGUGGGUGUGCAGGGCUUUACCAGUGAUGGAAACUGUGUGUGUGAAGAAUGUUAUUCAUGAGAAACCGUUGCUUUCAUGUAAAACACCUUCAGCCUAGGAUUCCUGCUUGGCACUUGGAUACAUUACCUAACUCAAUAGGCCAAUUUAGAGCCACAACCUAACCUAUUCACCAAGUAUGCCAAAGCCAGGCCCUAUGCUCCCCAUGACAGAGAGAAGCAAAAUAAACCAAACUGUGGCUUUAGGAAUACAGUUGGCUAUCCAUAUGUUUCUUGGUUUCUAUGAUGCAUCUGGAGUAGGGAAAAGUAAUGUUUCAAGACACCAUUAUACGCCAGUCACAUUUUAAUUAACUCAUCGACAGUAUUGACACGUAUAUGGUAUUUUUCAAUCUCUGUUCUCAUCAAAAUUAAAAUUAGUUAUUGAUUUAGUCAUCACAUUUAAGUAGAACACAUGCGGCACAAUAGUAUUAAGUAUAUUUGAGCACUUUUGCAAGACAGAAAGUAUUUACAAGCAUCUAUUGCUACUUUAUGCCUAAUGGAAUAUAAAAUGUAGGAUUAUGAGAGACUUUGUGGCAUUCUUUCAUAUAAACCUUUAUGUAAUUAACAAUAUAGUUCACCAUUACAUCUAGAAAACCAUCCAUUUCACUGCCCACAUUUCGGCUUCCUACCACGAAUUUCACAUAAGACAUCUCUAUGAAGGACCAGUCAUUUAUGUUGCUCAUUUCAUUGUGUGUUCAGAAAUCAGUAUUGUCUUUCUCCAAUAAUUAAGGUGCAAUACAAAUUAAAUCAACCUUGGUUUUCCAGACUAUUUGAGUAAUAACUUGUUUUUAUGGCUUUAAACUCCAAGUCUUUCCUUUUAAAAAUAUUUCUGCAUUCUCUUUUAUUAAAUAGAUCAGGAUGCCUUGUUUUUCCUGUGCUUUCACCCCCAAAAGGUUUUGUGCAUGUGUAUGAAUACACAUAAUAUUAAUGAAUGUGAACCCAUGUCCUAUACGCAACUAAACACACAGAAAAUAUAUAAAUGCCUGCUUCAUUUGUUUCAACACCUUCGUUAUCAAUAUGAUUCAUAUUGAUGAGAUAUAGCGAUGCAUAAUGAGCCAGGCAGAGAGCUGAAAUGACUUAUCAGUUAAUGAUGCCACAGUGUUAGCACCCUGCAUGGAUGUGGUCAAAAUAUCAUUUGAGUUGUACUUCCUAGUUUUUAUCAUCCUAAAGCCCUAAAGGAUUUCGUUUAACCUGGUUACCCUAUUUCAGUUAAGUAUUGGAAUUUACCCCUCGAAUUAAUUUUUCUCAUAUCAGCAUAGUGAUAGGGGAUGCAAUGAGCCUCCUUUCUUUUUUAUGACCUGCCCCUCAUUUGCUCUGAUGUCCCCUAAAUUCCGUAACCAUAUCAUAACUUUUGUUAUGACUAGAGAGGAAUGGGCUCACUGAAAUCCGACACUAGAAAUUGGUGGGUGAUGCUCAUAACUGCAAACACUUAGCUUAUUGAAGUGCCUCUAUUUACAUGUUCUUUAGUUAUAAUAUGUAUUUUUCUAACAGAAAUACACGUCUGUAAUUGGUAUAUAUUAUACUUUGUAUGUGUCACAACAAAAGCUAAACAGAGGCUAAAGUCUUUAGCAGAGAAGAACAAAUUACAAAUUUACCAGUGAGAGCUCUGUUUAUGGUUCUAUAUUAAAGGACAACCAUGACAACUUUCUGUCAUUUUCAUGAAGGCCAAGUUGGUACUUUGAUUAUGGCCAUUGUAGAACAUUAGUACUAGAAAUCUGACUCCCUUACAAUGACUUACCUAGAUGGCAUUAAGUAACUUGUAUCACCUGCUUUAAAUGUAAGGGAUAGAAAAUACUAUUUUGUCUACACUGAAAAACAUAUUAUUCAUUGACAACUAGUGAUCAUUAUAAAAGUAACAUUCUUUAAAGCAAACACAUUGAAAAUAUUAUUGGAGGCAGAACGCUGAUUUUUAAUUUAUAUUCCCUGCUGCAGACAUUAGCCUUCUUUAAUUCUUUUGCCAUUACCUACAUGUUUUGGCUGCAGACUGAACACCAGCUAAAGUCCCUAAGGAGGAAGGAAACUUAACAUAUUCCUGAGAUGUGAUUCUUUUAUUACUUCUUUUUGCAAAGUUAAUUAUCAAGUGAUUUGAUUAAACAUAGAAGCAUUAGUAAAUUCAAGUUUUGACUUAUCCAAAACUUGUAGAAAUUUAAACUCAUUUUCAUUUACUUACUAACAGACUUGACUUUUAUUUAAAAACACAAUUUAGCUUUGCCAACAGAAGAAUAAAGGAAACCAUAACUUAUAAAUUUGCAAUGUGUUCCUCCUUGUUGGAGACAUUAGCCAGUGUUUAGUUUUAGACCAACUUAUACAAACAAGAGUAUUGAUUUGUACGCAUUCUGGAGACUUGCUAUAUCAUGGUUUGCUAUGGCACGGACUCAGCUUAGCAUGGGGCAUUUUGAACUUCAAAGUUGAGUAGUUACUGGAACUUCUGACACUGCCUUGUAAUGAGGUACUUUCAUGAAAAGACCCCUAAGAAUGGCAAAAUAGUGAGGUCUCUGUGUGCAUAUACAUAAUAUAUAUGCAGGAUAAAUGUGUGCACCAAUCAAACCUAAAAUUUUAUGUGACUGUCAAAUGAGUAUUAUUUGGGUUAAGAUUUUUUCAUUUAUGAUUUGAAUAGAAAAUUGCUAUUAAUCUUGUAUUAAAAUAGUUUUUAAAAAUCUA